UGUAGACUCAGUGAGGACAAGACUGCACUAGAGGAAAGAGGAUUACACACAGAGACAAGUAAAAGGACUUUUCCUCAGCAAAAUCCAUGGAGCACAAUUUUCUAAAGAACAGAAAAACAAUAGAUCCUGCAAACAGGUACAGAGCAAACCAAUUUGAUCGCAAAUCAGAGAGGCCUGAUGAAGGGCAGGAUCAACAUGUAUUUCAUAACGUGAAGCGUUCUGAUAUUAUAUCUAAAGCAAGAAAGGACCGAAAAACUGCGGAAAUAAAAAAAGAAAACAAGGAACUGAAGUACAUAGAAGACCAAUUUGAUCGCAAAUCAGAGAGGCCUGAUGAAGGGCAGGAUCAACAUGUAUGUGGUAACCUGAAGCCUUCUGAUAUUAUAUCUAAAGCAAGAAAGGACCGAAAAACUGCUGAAAUAAAAAAAGAAAACAAGGAACUGAAGUACAUAGAAGACCAAUUUGAUCGCAAAUCAGAGAGGCCUGAUGAAGGGCAGGAUCAACAUGUAUGUGGUAACCUGAAGCCUUCUGAUAUUAUAUCUAAAGCAAGAAAGGACCGAAAAACUGCUGAAAUAAAAAAAGAAAACAAGGAACUGAAGUACAUAGAAGACCAAUUUGAUCGCAAAUCAGAGAGGCCUGAUGAAGGGCAGGAUCAACAUGUAUGUGGUAACCUGAAGCCUUCUGAUAUUAUAUCUAAAGCAAGAAAGGACCGAAAAACUGCUGAAAUAAAAAAAGAAAACAAGGAACUGAAAGAGGCAAUAAAGAAAUUAAAGGAAGACAUUUCAUCCUUAAAAGACAAAGUCGCAAAGGAGGUUGCUCUUUCAAUAAAGACUGGACAAACUGAGAGCCUGUACAACCCAGUUUCUCAAGCCAGACUCAAAGAGAUGUAUGAUGACCUGAGGUUACGUUGGCCUGCAAUCAAAAAGCACCUAGAGUCCAACAAAGAAAAACCAGAUACAGUUAGAGUGAAAAUACAGGAUGCUUUUGAAAAUGCAAAAAGUAAAGUGUCUGAUCUAAGGCAACAAAUGAAUAAAUUGAUUGAUGAAGAAAACCUGAGUGAUGAAGUUUUGCAAAAGUUGACACAGCUUAAACAGUCUGCUGCUCAGGAUUUUCAGCUGGCUCUGUACCACACACGUAACCAUGUUUAUGAGGUUUUGGACCAGAAAUGCACAAGCAUUAACACUGAGGACAUAAUGAAGGAUUUGUUAUCUGAAUGCUCAUGGCUGGGUCAAUUGAUGGCUUUAAACAACCCAACUAUUCAACCAGACUGGGAAAAUCACACUCCAGGAAAGGAUACUUGGCAUAUACUUCCAAAGAACUUGUGUAGCAAAGCUGCUUAAGGUGGUGUGACCUUAUUCCAAAGCACGUUUCAGCUGUAGUGUAUAGUUAUGUAGCUAGUUCUGAUAUAGAACCUUUGUGUUUUAUGACCUUAAACAGGCAAAGUCAUGUUAUUAGCCUAUACAAAGAGACAAAAAAAAAACAUUAUUCAUAAUGUCCUUUUUUUAACCUAAAUAGAAUUACAGAACCCAGCACACCCUGCACAUAUAAAUGGAUGUAUAAGCCAUCUGCUGGCAGAACCAUAAAACUAAUAGAAUUUGACGCAGCUACUUACCGUAUUUUCAAGACCAUAAGGCGCACCGUACUAAAAGGCGCAGUCUCAGUU